UCAACCACGCAGUGCUCAACAAGUAGUAGGAGCAACAGUUGACAACAGUCCAGACCAGACCAGUCGUCCUCCUGGUUCCAGUUUCCCAGUUCCCAUUGUCCAAGCAAGUGUAACGGAUUAAAACGAUAAUUUAAAAAAGGAACGAACGACAUCAAAACCCGCGCACUAAUCCCGAGGACAACAGCCAGGACACACACACAGACAGACAGUGCCAACAGCGGCGCCAACAUGAAGCCCGACCUUCUUUCUCUCUGCGUUCUGGCAACCCUGAUCUUGGGCUGUAACACACGGCACGUCUUUGGCUUUCUGACUUCGCAGAGCCAAACUUCCGCUGCCGCAGCACCCGCUACAGUCGAAGGCGGCCUCGAUGGUGCAUCCUCGCCACAGAGACUGCAUCUGCCGCCCAUCUUUGGUGCUGGCAUGCCAUCCCAUCAGGCGCGUCGUCAGGGCCCCCCAAAGCUGGAUGCCGAAGCACAGGAACGAGCGGUUUACGAUCCCGGCGAUGAGCUGCUGCACGCCCUGAAUGCCGAACGGGAGCAGGAGCUGGCACUUGGUCUGGGCAUGCAGCCCCAGUCCCAGUACCCGUCGCAGUCCCAGUCCCAGCCCGACUAUGCGGACACCGUUUACAAUGAACUGGAGUUGGCCAAUCAGUUUGAGACGCUCAAGAAGCUGGAGGAGGAUUUACGCGCCGAACAGGAGCUGGUGGACAAAUCCGCUUUGCUCAUGAAAAUGCUGGAGGAUCCCACGCUGGAGACUUUGCCGCUGGUUUAUGUCGAGGAGGAGGAGGAUGAGCAGCAGCAGCACCAGCAGCUGCCCGAGGGCAUGAUUGCUUCCGCUCCAGCCCAGGAUGACUAUGCCGAAAUGGAGAACACCGUGCAGGACUUCGUGCUGGGUCAGAGCAAGCCGAAACGUUCGCGUUACUAUCGUCGCUAUCCAUGGAAGCGUCACAACAAGAAUCGCGGUUCUUACAUGAAUUCUAUCAACAGCAACUAUGAACCGGAGCUGCGUUAUGCCUGUACGCCCAGCAAGGAGGAUAUCCUCAAGUUGCUCAUCAAUUUGCAUGAGAAUCGCAAGGGGAAUCACAGCAAGACGGUGAACUUCUGUAAUCGCAAGCGUCCGGCCAAGGCGGUCUUUACCAACAUACGAUUUCUGGGCUAAGAAGAGAGGUUACAUCCGACACAUCCUAGGGGAUACACACAGGACACACACAGGACACGACACGAGACACGACACAACAGACUCUCACAUAUGUAUACCAAGCAUCAAUUGUAUAUUGCUGACAAAGUCGAGCGCAUAAAAAACUGGAGAACAACAAGCACUAACAAUUAGCCUAACUAACUAACUAACUAACUAACUAAAUAUAUAAACUAACUAAAGCUUAACUUUGUAGAGAACAAUUUAGAGCGGAGUUAGCGCUUCAACUCUUCCUCUCCAACUCUCUCUCUCUGUCUCUAUUUCCUGCCUCCCUUAACUUUAAUUGUAGAACAAUUCCAAACUUUUAUAGCUCUCAAUGUGUUGUAUAUACUAACUAAAGUAAACUAACUAACUAACUAAACUAUUUAGACAAAGUUCCAAGUGUUAAUUGCUAAAACGAAACAAAAUAUACGUUGCCAUAUCAUUAAAAAAGAAAACAAAACAAAAAGAAACAUUUUAAUCGUCCCGCGAGCCAUGAGUAUUAUAAUCUAAAUAAAUGGUGUGGAAUACCCGCAACUACUAAAUAUCAUUGCUAAAUAUAUCAAUGUGUAUAUAUAAACAUCUAUGUAUUAAUAUGUGUAUGUAUUAUCUGCUAUAUCUAAUGUAAAGUCGAUAAAUAUACAUGU